AUGGAGGACCUCACCUCGAGCAUGAAGCUCAAGGGCCUUCACCGAGCCGCCACUCGAUCCGACGACAUGAAUCAGAAUCAAGAUGCUGCACCUGGAAUUUGUCGAAUCUGCAGAGGGGAGGCGACUCCGGAGGAGCCUCUCUUCUACCCGUGCAAAUGCAGUGGUAGUAUCAAGUAUGUCCACCAGGACUGCUUGAUGGAGUGGCUUUCCCAUUCUCAGAAGAAGUACUGCGAGCUUUGCAAGACGUCGUUCCGCUUUACCAAGCUGUACGCGCCUGACAUGCCUCAGUCCCUUCCGGUACACGUUUUUGUUGGACAUUUGGCCAAAUAUUUGUUUCGAAAUGUCUUGGUCUGGCUUCGUGCUGCCAUGGCCAUCAGCGUCUGGCUAUGCUGGUUGCCCUAUUUUAUGAGAUCCAUCUGGUCAUUUAUGUUCUGGGUCAGCGAUGAAGGCUUUGGCAACACUUCUAUGCUCUCGCGCAACAAUGAGACUACGGAUGCAGCACUUCAACUGGCUGCAGGUCUCGAUACCGGCACAUGCCCCGCGAGCCCCCUCUUUGCGCCCACGACGACAUCUGCUUCAGCCGCCGAAGCCCUCCUGGAAUCCCUCUCUGGCCAGAAUAUCUCCGAGUUUUUGAUGCGCAUUCUCCUAGGCUCGUUGGGAGUGCCCGUCAAGUUCGAUCGAUCCGACUCGUCUCUGGAAUCAGUCAAUGCCUCGUUGGAAGCUGCAUCGAUUGGCACAGCGCCACCUUCGUUACUUGGGGAGGUGGCUUUCUUGAACAACCUCACCCGGAACCCAACGCUUAAUCGGACCGUGAUUUCGGUGAUUGAGGGUCAAAUCAUCACUGUCUUGGUCAUCAUUUGCUUCAUUCUAGUCAUCCUGGUCAGGGAUUAUGUCGUUCAGCAACAGCCCGAAAUGAACAUGCGCGCAGCCUUUGCCGGCCCCGAAAACCCCCUGGCAGCCCAAGAACCCAUGCUUGUCCGGGCCGAGAUUGCAGAAGACUUGCGGGGUCCCGAUGAGUCGGAUGACGAAACUCUGGAUGAUGGGGAACAGCCUCAUGUCGGUCCCGAUGAAGCUUUCGCUGCCGAGGUCGAGCAGGUUGCUAACAUACGACUCCUCCGUCGAGCAUCAUCCGAUCUUCGCGUUCCUCCAGGGAUGGUUGAAUCCGAGUCUUCUCCUCUUGAGCCUCGCCCUGUUGAGGCUCGUCCUGUUGCUCCAGUUGCUGCCGAAGAACCCUCUACUGUUUAUGACUACAUGCGCAUAUACCACAAGGCAGGCGGCGAAGCUGAGAGAAUCCUGCAGAUUAUCGAAGAGGAAGGGCUUCAGGACAGACUUGCAUACUGGGUGGACGUUACGCGCCGAUCCAUCCGGGAUCGAGAAGGCGGACCCUCUGACGUUGCCCGACAUCCAGAACAAGCUGAUGGAAGAGAUCACCCAGAAAGCCCAGGUUCUACUGCAGCAAGCUCAUCCAGAAAUGCCUUUACCCCUCCCUCUGAGGAAUUUCCUAUCUCCUUUGAUGAAGCUGGCGAUUCGGCAUCCGGAAAGGGGAAGGAUAAGGAACCGCUACCCGCUCUUCCUGAUCAGGACUUCGAGAUAGACCCCUGGACAGGAACCUUGUCACCAAACCCUUCUCGUCCGCGUGCCGUAUCUGACGGCCCUCAGCUUCACGACACUAUCAAUCCUUUGGCCAACAACAGCUGGUCAUUCGCUGGCCUCCCCCAAAACCCCGAGGAUGAGGGUUCUUCAUCCCAGGCCCAUGACCAACCCCAGGCUCGUGGCCCGUACGGCAAGUUCAAGAAAUCCCGUUCUGGGCCAAGAAGCGACGUAGCUGUGACGGGAUUCGAUGAAACUGAUGAAUCCGAUGUACCUGAUGAGCCCGAGCCAUCAAGCGUUCGUCAUGACUUUCCCGAGUUCAGGGGUCAACAGGAUCAACGCCUUCCUCUGGAUGACCACCACCAUGAUAGACGAGAAACUCCGGAAACACAACUGCCUGUCCAGGGUAAUGCUGCUGCUGCUACUGCUGGUGGUCAGGAUGAUGGCCCGGCACCUGGCCUUGUCGGUAGGGUGACCGAUUUCAUGUGGGGCGACUUGGACGAGCAGCAACACGCCCUUCAAGAUCUCCAUCACGCCGACGACGAUAUUGGCAACCUUCGAAAUGAUCUUGACGAUUGGGAAUUUGAUCUUGACGACCUUGGUCGGGACGAUGCCCCCGGAGCCGGCGGUGCCGACGACGAGCCCGAGGAUCUCGGUGAUGCCCAAGGACCCGGUCUUGACCAAGAAGCUAUGGAAGAGUUGGAAGACUUCGAGGGCGUUAUGGAGUUGAUUGGCAUGCGCGGUCCUAUUGCCGGACUCUUCCAAAAUGCCAUCUUCUGCGCCGUUCUCGUCUCGGUGACAAUCUUUGCUUGCAUCUUUGUUCCUUACAACAUUGGACGUGUAAGCGUUUGGAUUCUUGCCAACCCCAUGCGCCUCGUUCGCCUGCUUUUUGAGCUCUCAAAGCUUCUUCAGGAUGCUGCUGUUAUGGCCGCCGGUCUGGCCUCAUGGGUUAUUUUGAACAUCAUCGACAUGUUCACCGGUAUCAUUGGAGGCUUCAUUGGAUCCCAAGUCCUAUCAGCCAGAAAGGCUGCCUGGAUGCUAUGGACGAGCGCCGGGUCCCGAGUUUUGGAUUAUGCAUUUAUGGACUUUCCCAUGUCCGCCUCGGAGAUGCAGAACUUUUCCGCCAUCAGUCAUGGCGCUCUGAUUGCAGUCAAGCAGAACAUUGGUGCUGUUUUCACAACCAUCAGUGACUCGGUGGGCUUCAUUCUCGGCGGCGGUCUUCUAUCAACUGGCCUAUCUCUGGAGACUAUCACCUCCGCAGGCGACAUGGCCUGGUCCAACCUGCUCGCUCUCUCGUCCGCAUUCCUGAACCCGAACUUCUGGGUCAUUGAUCUUAGCGAACCUGAUGGGCCGGCUGUCAUCAAUCCCGUCCUAGCCUACUGGUCUGGGUUGGAUCGCUUCUGGGCCAUCCUAGCUGGCUACGUGACGAUUUUCUUCGCCGGCGCCAUGUACCUGAAGCGAGGAAGUCCAUUCUCGAGGGGCCACAUCUUGCAAGCUUGGGAGGCGGGUGUCAUCGACACCUUGCAUCAGGCCAGUGGCAUCAUGAAGGUCAUCAUGAUCAUUAGUAUCGAGAUGCUCGUCUUUCCCCUCUACUGCGGUCUCCUCCUCGAUGGUGCCCUUCUGCCCCUGUUUGAGAACACGACCUUCAAGUCUCGGAUGCUCUUCACCUAUAACUAUCCUCUGACCUCCGUCUUUGUUCACUGGUUCGUUGGCACUGGGUACAUGUUCCAUUUUGCACUGUUUGUGUCAAUGUGCAGGAAGAUUAUGCGUCAGGGUGUUCUCUACUUCAUUCGUGACCCGGAUGAUCCCGAGUUUCACCCUGUCCGCGACGUCCUAGAGAGGAACCUAAUGACACAGUUGAGAAAGAUUCUCUUCUCGGCAUUUGUGUAUGGCGCACUUGUUAUCGUUUGUCUAGGAGGCGUUGUAUGGGGUCUCUCCUACUCCGUGCCUGAUAUCCUUCCGGUUCACUAUUCCUCCAAUGAACCGGUCCUCGAGUUUCCAGUCGACCUCCUCUUCUACAACUUCCUCAUGCCGCUUGCAGUUAACUUCUUCAAGCCUGGCGAUGGGCUCCACGCCAUGUAUACGUGGUGGUUCCGGACAUGUGCGCGCAGCUUGCGGCUCACUUUCUUCCUGUUUGGCGAGCGAAGAAUCGACGAAGAGGGAAGCCUCCAUAUUGGAGCUGAUCGCAGGUUCCGAGAACUUCCCUGGUAUAAGUGCUUCUUCUUGGAGCUGAACCACAAGUAUCACGUUGUUCCCAAGACCUGGACAGACUUUUUCGACGGGGGUGAUGCCAAGCCUAGGGCUCCUCUCACCCAGAGCGAAAUCCACGCCCUCACCCGGGCGAAGAAUCGUUUGAGAGACGCCAAUCAGCUGACCCAAAGUGGUCACUUUGUUCGCGCUCCAGCCUCGGACCGUGUCAAGAUUCCCAAAGGCAAAAAGGUGUUCCUCGAGGUUGACGAGCGCGGCCGGAGAAAGGACAAGCAAGACGACACUGAUCUGUACGCCGGUCCUCAGUAUCAGAUGGUGUACAUCCCUCCUCACUUCCGCGCGAGAAUCUUUCUCUUCAUCUUAUUUAUCUGGGUGUUUGCGGCGAUCACUGGAGUUGGCUUCACCAUCAUCCCGUUGGUGUUUGGUCGACGAAUGUUUAAGAUGCUGAUCCCGGAGCACAUCAGAACCAACGACAUUUAUGCCUUUAGCAUCGGUGUUUACCUCCUCGGUUCCCUCGCUUAUCUGGUCUUUCACAUCCGAAGCGUGUGUUCCAAUGUGCAGCGCGGGGCACAAAAGUCUUGGGAGUGGCUGACUGCUGGAGAGAUCGGCUGGCGCACCGCUACUGUCCUAUUGCGAGGAGCCAAGCUGGUUUAUGCCUACUUUUUCCUCCUCGUGGUAUUCCCACUUCUUGUAUCAGGGCUACUGGAGCUAUAUCUGGCAAUUCCUCUCCACACGUAUAUGUACCCACCUACCGCGGCGUCAGUUCAGGCAUCAAGAGAGGGAGGAUCCGAGGCAAGCCGACAUACAGUCCGAGUCAUUCAGGCUUGGACCCUUGGUCUACUCUAUCUCAAGCUGGGUGCUCGCAUGGUUACGACCUUGUUCGCGGAUACUCGACUUGCAGUUGCCGUGCGGACGGUGCUACGGCGCGGCUGGAUGCACCCCGACAUUGGCGUUUUGACUAGAGCUUUUGUUGUCCCUGGUCUAGCCAUAUCAGCGGCGGCAAUCCUAGGACCUCCAGCCAUCACCGACGGCCUCAUCAAGUACGGCUUGAUUGCAGGCGCCCGACCUGGUGCGAAUGAGCUGGCGGAGGUGGCACGGUUGGCGAUUGUGUAUCGUCAAUCGUACCCAGCCGUUGCACUCACAGCCCUACUCGUUAAGAAUACGGUAGGGUUGGUCAAGGUAUUCAACGGAUGGACAGCCCGUAUCCGUGACGAAGCGUACCUGAUAGGCGAGAGACUACACAACUUUGGUGCUGCUGCAGCGGGAGCAAGAAGAGUUAGAGGCGCUUGGAGAGCCGGAGGGGCAAGACUAUAG